ACAACUCACAAUAGCUGGUUGUAUCGUGUGUCUAGUACAUAUGUAGGCUAGUGGAAGAGGUUUGGUUUGAGAACUGAAAACAAUUAUCGCAAAUAUUAUUCGCUUUCGCUGGCGUUGCAAAAUUGAUUAAAAAAACAACAAUAACAACACAAAAACCAAGUUAUGGUCUUGGUAAGCAACGAAUGGCAGAGUAAUAAGGAUGAAGAGCAGAAGUCCAACGUGGCAGCAGCAGCAGCAAUCGCAACAACAGCAACAACAACAGGUGCAGCAGCUGGAGAAGCAGCUUCAAUAGUUCAGCUUAACAGUUCAGGUGGAACCACAUCCUCGGAACAGGAGUUAACUGCUCGUCCCGGAACACAUUUGCUCGCUGGCGUUGUGGCUGCCGAAGUGUCGCGGCGACAGCAGCGCAAGAAGACGCAAAGCAGCACCAUCAUGGAGCUGAAUCGCAAGGCGGAGCAGGAGCAGCAGCUAUUGUUGCGAGAGAAGCACGAGACGGAAACGUGUGAGCUGCCAACGGCAACAGAGAUUAGCAGCAGCAACAAUAGCAAUAGCAAUAGCGAUAUGAAUAGUAGCAACGAUGCCAACGACAAUCUGGAGAAUCAGAAUAACAAUAAUACAUUAGCAUCAGAUAACUGCGAUUCGAAUACAAACACAUUGCAGCGACAUGUGGCACAGCAGCAGCAACAACAGGUGCAACUGCAGCUGGCCAUCAAUUCGGUGCUGAAUUCCAACAAUGCAACAACGACAAUGACGACGAGCACAGCCAACAAUCUGUUUAGCUCGAUGGGUGCCUUACAAAUGCCAAACGAAUCAGCGACAGCAGCCGCAUCGCCGGACAUGAUGAUGAACAACGGGAGCGGCGAGGCAAAGAUUGUGCUGCAGUGCGAAGGUAAAUCGCACAAGUUCGAGACGCGCACCAUCAGCCUGGCUCCAAAUCAGGAGUGCAAAGUGGGCCGUUUGAUCGCCAAGAGCAAGGCGAGCGAGGGAAAUGCCAUAUUCGAUUGCAAGGUGCUGUCGCGCAAUCAUGCAAUGCUGUGGUACACAGCGGACGGACACUUCUGGGUGAAGGACACCAAGUCUAGCAAUGGCACCUUUAUCAAUGACAACAAGCUGGGGAAUGAUCCCGCCGAACUUCACUAUGGCGACACUGUCAAGUUUGGCGUCGAGGUCAUUGAGAAUUCACGCAAUGAGGUGCAUGGCUGCAUUAUUGCACGAGUCACACUCUUUCUGCCCGACGGUCGGGAGGCGAUCUCAAUAGAUUCGGAGCAAUUGCAGCUGACGGGACCGAAUAGAAUUAGUUACGAUGAGAUACAGCGACUCAAUGCAUUUCUACAGGAAGCAUCGCAGCGUGAGAAGAUGCUGAAGGCUAAGCUUAGCAAUUUGCAGGGUGUACUCGAUUCGACGCGCAAAAAUUCGGCAAUGUGCUGGCAGAGCAUGAUCACCGAGGAUCAGCUGGUGCACAAGAUCAAUCUGCUCGAGAAGAAGCUGCAAAUGAUGGAGAAGAAUGUGCCCGAGAAUGCGUUGCGCAACGAGAUUGUUAAAUUACUCGAUGAUAAGACCACGUAUCAGCUGACGGCCAAAGAGGCGCUGCGUAAGGUGUAUCAGGAUCGCUGUGAUGCCAUGCAAAUGUUGUCGAAAAUGGAGAUGGCCUACACAACGUCGGAUAACGAGUGCAGCAUAUUGCGCGCUCAGAUUGUGAACUCGAAGCAAACACUGCAGGAUUUCAAUACACGUCUGGAGAUGUUGCAACAGGAGUAUGCGGAAUAUAAGCAGGAAACGCUGCGACAGCAGCAAGAGGCUAAAGAACAGGACGAACAAUUGAAGGAGCAUCUGAGCAUGCAGGAGAAUGAAAUGGAACAGCUGCGCCAACAGCUGCUGCGACUGCAGAAAAUCAAAACUGACAAAGACAGCGAGCAAGCACUGCAGGAGCAACAGGUGCUGGAGCAACUGGAUGCCGCUUGUGGCGAGCAUGAUGACGAUGAUGAUGAUGAUGACGACGAUGAUGACGACAACGAUGAUAAUGAUGACGACGAUGCCGACGAUGAGGACGACAUUAAAUUAGCCGAAAACGAGGUAAAGCUUGAAACUGCACAAAAUGCAACACCCAGCAAACAGAAAUCGAGCAAAAAGAGCAAACGGCAGCUGAAGGAGGAAUUUGAUUUGAAGCACAAAGUGAUUCGCAAGAAUACGAUGAUCAAGCUGCUCAAGAAUUCAGAUCUCAGUAAGGGCGCAAAUGCUGGCGAGAUAUUAAAUGCCAUAUUUAAUAAUACCGACUCUGGCGACGAAGAGGAACACGAUCUCGACCACAUGCCGGAGAAGGAUCAAAGAGCAUCGCCAACGACAACAGAGCUUAGUGCGGGCACCAAGCCGGUGGAGGCAGCAGAGAUUGAGACGGUUAGCGACGAGUUUAUACUACACAAUGGGAACAACGAUGCUGCGACAACGUCAGGGAUGACACACAACAAACUGGAGACACAGCAGACACUGGUCCACCAUGGCGGUAUUGAUGAGGAUGGCGAUUUAGCGCAAGAGCAUGCCGUGGAUAUGCUGCAAGAGGAAUGUCAAUUCUAUAAGCAAAAAUCAGCCACGCUUGCUGAUGAUAUCAGUGCACUAGAAAAACAAAUGAAGGUACUGCAGGAGCAGCUAUUGCAACAGGCAUCCGAGCGUAAUUCUAGUGCUGCUGAGGCAACCGAAGAGCUGGCUAGCGAGGACAAAGAGGAGCACCUACAGGCGUCUAUUGCCAAGGAGGUGGAUGGUGAGCUAUCGAGUUGGCGUGAGGAGCUCAAUACCAUUAACGAUGAGGAGCGCGAAGAGGAGCUAAUUGUGUACAAGGAGCGAUUGGAACAAUCCGAGAUGAGCAACAUACAAUUGCGCGAGGAAAUCUCAAAGCUGCGUCUCAAACAGCCUCUUGGCGGCUAUGACCAAAUGCUUUAUCGAGGCGCCAUUCCAUUGGGCGCUGCGGCACUGGCAGUGAUCAUCUAUUUCCUGAUCCCCCGAUUCUAACACUCGCACACAACAGGCAAACGUCGUACCUAAACGCAAACGAGAUUCAAUACCUAUAUAUAUAUAUAUAUAUAUAUACAUAAAAUGCAUACAUACAUACAAGCAUACAUACAUACAUACAUCGUACAAGUAUAUGGACAUUACAACAACGGCAAAAGAGACAGAAGAAGCAUCAUGUGUUGGGUGGGGAAAAGUGGGGAUGAUGUGCAUAUGGAGUGAACAUGUUGCAUGAUGUGUACAAGUAUGCAGAAAAUCGGAUGGACUGGAUGCAGUUAUACAGUUACAUAUUUAUAUAUAUAUACUUAUACCUUUAUAAUCGAGCUUUACUCGCCAAUUUGUAUUCUGUUCCCAUUUUCCGCAAUUAAUUUCUGGACCGCAAAAUUGUUAGUCUUAAAUUCUGAAUUGAAACCGAACAAAAAAAAAACGAAAUGAAAAUGAAAGAAAAAAGCAACCGUAAAUAACAAAUACACACAACAAACACACGAGGUUAGUUAAUUUUUACAUAAUUAUAUUGUACGCUUUAUUUGA